AUCGCCUCGUGUGCGCAUGCUCAUCCCAGGUAUCGCCCUGCCUGUGCUGAGUGGUUAGGUUGGAGUUGCUGAGAUCGACGCUGAUACCCACAGAGACGAUGGCGCACAAACAGCCACAUGCUGCCAAACCUGCAGCAAACUUCCUACGUCAGUUCAGGGAUUUAAAAACAAGAGAUCUGAAACAAAUAUCGGCAACUCAGUUUAUGGAUGUAUGGAACCAUUACGAUAAUGACGGGAACGGCUAUAUCGAGGGCACGGAGCUGGAUCAGUUCCUGUACGAGCUCGUGACCAGCGUCAACGUCCAGGAUGUAGGCCCAGAGGUGGUGUCUCAGGCUGCCCUGGAUGAUGCAAAGGACCUUAUGCUUAACGCCUUUGAUGAAAAUGGAGACGGGAAAAUAGACAUCACUGAGUUAGCCCAGAUUUUGCCUAUGGAGGAAAAUUUUCUGUUGUUAUUUCGGCAUGAACAUCCUUUAGAGUCCAGCGUGGAGUUCAUGAAGAUCUGGCGCCAGUACGACACCGACCACAGCGGCUACAUUGAAGCAGACGAACUCAAGAAUUUUCUUUACGACCUUCUCAAGCAGUCGAAAAAAGAAAGAGAAGUUUCUGAAGAACAGCUCAUCACAUAUGCUGAUACAAUGCUACAGAUGUUUGACCGGAACAAAGAUGGGAAGCUGCAACUCAGUGAAAUGGCAAAACUAUUACCGGUGAAAGAGAACUUUCUCUGUCGCCCGAUUUUCAAAAGUGCCUCUAAACUGACGAAGGAAGACGUGGAACAGGUGUUCGCCUUAUACGAUAGGGAUCAUAAUGAAAGUAUCGAGAAUGAUGAACUGCAUGGCUUCCUGAAGGAUUUGAUGGAACUGGUUCAAGAAGAUUACGACGCGGAGGAUUUGGCUGACUUGAAAGACCUACUGUUAUUCUCCUGUGAAAACAAGGAGGGCAAAAUCAACAAGGAGGAACUGACAGUUGUCCUGAUGAACAGACAAGAAGAGUGCCCUAAAGGACUGGCGGCCGCCCUUACCCAGGAUCCAAACUGACAAGCCGGUCCACAAUGGCCUUCAUUAUAACAGCUCUUCCAUGCAACAUGCACCUGUUUAUAAUCCUGGUUCAAUGUGACAGCAGAACGUGUGUCUGUGCUGUACGUCUGGCCUGGAGGCCAGCAUGGGAGACACGAACCUCUUACUUGGAUAACUGUGCAUAUCUUCACACAAACACUGUGACAUGGCUUGGGUUUCUCUACACCAAUUCCUCCCAUACUGAACGUCUAUCAAUAAAAAGCACUGUAUGUGUUGCUUCAACCAUGUGACUCUUUGGGUGAUGUGCAUUUAUUUUACUUGCUUUCCGACAAACUAUAGAUUUCUUGAAUGUUCAUUAAAUUGAUAGCAACAAAA